UAUCAAAAACGUGUGUUUUGAAUUUUUUGAUAAGUUUUGAGUCAGCUCAGUAUUUUUGAAUUUUGAACAUUUUUCUGAAACUACCGACUAAUUAAAUUGUUAAAUGUAGUGUUCGAUUACAUUUCAGAAAAAAAUGAUCAAACUUGACAUUAAUAAAUCGAAGAACACGGUAGAAGACGUUCUUCGAAGAAGUGUUAUCGGUGAAGGUUUUGAGAAGGAACACAAAGUUCCAUUGAAUCAUGUUAGCAAAAGAAGACUACAGAAACAACGUCAGGAUGAACGUGCCAAAACCACAGGUGAAAAUUGGUUCAAUUUCCCAGCCACUAAACAAACCGAAGAAAUCAGAAAAGAUCUCGAAGUACUACAGAUGAGAUCAGCCCUAGAUCCUAAAAGAUUUUAUAAACAUAACGAUAUGAAAACGUUACCAAAGUACUUUCAAGUUGGACGUAUUGUUGAUACACCAGUUGAUUUCUACAGCAGUCGUAUUCCUAAGAAAGAACGUAAACCUACCAUCGUCGAAGAAUUACUUGUAGAUGCCGAAUUCAAAAAAUACACGAAACGAAAGUAUCAAGAAAUAUUACAGUCUGAUCCUAAACGUAGGCGGAAAGCUCAACAACACGCGAAAAAAUUAAAAAAGCUGAAACGUAAAUAAACUAUCGUCGAAUUAAUUUUUAUAUAUUUAUUUUUUAACAAUAAAUAACUUUUUAAUUAUCAA